AGAACGAAACGGGCAUCUAUGAGACUCCACAGAGCAGGACAGAUUCACUACUGCAGAUGAUGGGUUUAAUAGAAAAAUGACCAUUUCCUGCUGUACAUGAGAUUAUACUUAGCUUUGUCGUGAUGUUAUAGUUGGUAAACGGAGAGGUUAAGUGGCGCUGAGAGCCUCUGUAGAUCUAAGGAACGGAGAGGAACCAGAGAACUUUUGAAAUGAAGUACAAGAAAUUCAUCACCAUCAUGCAAGUGGCCGCCGGGAUCGCGCCUCUCAACAAGCGCGAGCUGCUGCCACCCGGCCGGAGGUUGUGGAGACCCUCGGGUGACCAGUCCAACCAAAUAGAGUUAUUCCGGUCACGCCGCUCCAAAAGGUUUUCCUUGACCCACGAAGCUCAGUAUUUGUGUCUGCGACGCCUCUCUGCUCCCAGCUACCCGGCCCUUUUACAGAACCCAGUCAUGGAGGAGACGGUGUGGGAGCAGUACACUGUGACCCUACAGCGGGACUCCAAGAUGGGCUUUGGCAUGGCUGUGUCUGGAGGGCGGGACAACCCGAACGAAGAAAGUGGAGAAGCGUCAAUUGUCGUAUCUGAUGUGCUGCAAGGGGGUCCUGCAGAUGGCUUGCUAUUUGAAAAUGACAGAGUGAUCCAGGUCAACAAUGUGCCCAUGGAUGGUGUCCAACAUACCUUUGCAGUGCAGACUCUCCGCAAAUGCGGCAAAGUAGCCAAAAUCAUGGUAAAGAGAUCAAGAAAAAUCCCUGUCAGCGUGAUUAAACGUGCUGCGUCCCCAGACGACCGUGUCUUUAGUGGCGACUACAACGAUGACUAUGACCACGACCGGCACAGCGUCUACAGCGGCCGCAGCUACCCUGACCGCGACAUGAGUUACGCAGACGAGCGUGAUCGCGACUACAAUCGCAGCCGCGGGAGGAGCAUGGAGCGCGGCCUGAGCCCCGACAGACAGUACAGACGAGAUGGCAGCCGCGGCCGAAUGCUGGACCACGAGCGCAGUCCCGACCACCGUUACCGAAGUGACCACAACCUGGAUCGCGACCACAGCCCGGACCGCCGCUACCGGAGCGAUCGCACACUGGACCGCAAAUACAGUCCAGACCGACGCUAUCGCAGCGAACACAACCUGGACAGAGAGCAGAGUCCGGACAGACAGUACCACAUCAGCCGUACACUGGACAGAUCACAUAGUCCUGAGACACGGUACAGGCCCGAACCGGCUCCAGGAUACAGCAGAGAGAAUUUAGCCAGUGGCCACGAGCGCAGGAGCUUCGAUCCGCGGCAGGACGAAUCCAUGAGGAGGAGUAGCAGUCGAGACCGGCUGGAUCGCUCGCCCUCGCCGCCGCCGCCGCCACAACGAGACGAACCCUUAGAGAAGCCGCUCAGUGUUACUCUACUAAAGAACCGGCCCAAUGAUGAAUAUGGCCUUCGUCUUGGCAGUCAGCUGUUCAUCAAAGAGAUGACGAGCACCGGCCUGGCAUCCAAACAAGGCAAACUACAGGAAGGUGACAUUAUUCUGAAAAAAUGUUACAAAAGCCCGUGCAAAGGGAGUAAGUCAUUUUCUUCGGUUGGUAGAGAUGAGCCUCCCAAGAGACUGGCUAAAAUGGGAGCGAUGCCGACUCCAUUCAGAGCGGUGCCGGUGGAUCUCCCGCCUCCACCUGUGGAGAAAGAAGAGCCUCGCAGCGAGUCUCCAGUUCCCGUGGUAAAUGCUGCUCCAAAAAGUGUUCCAGUAAAAACCAAGCCUCUGCCAAAGGUUCUCCUGCGGCCCAGUCUGGAGGACCAGGAAAUAUACGGCCCCAACACUGUGAUGGUGGGCUUCCAGAAGGGCGAUAGUGUUGGCCUGCGUCUCGCUGGAGGAAACGAUGUGGGCAUUUUUAUCGCAGGCAUUCAGGAGGACAGUCCUGCCGAGAUAGAGGGACUCCGCACUGGAGACCAGAUUGUGAAGGUGAAUAAUAUGGAUUUCAGAGGAAUGGUCCGGGAAGAUGCAGUCCUGUAUUUACUAGAGAUUCCCAAAGGAGAGGAUGUGACCAUCUUAGCUCAAAGCAAACCUGAUGUGUAUAAAGACAUCCUGGCAUCUGGACGAGGUGACAACUUCUUCAUCAGAACUCAUUUUGAAUAUGAGAAAGAGCUUCCUCAGAGCUUGACCUUCUCCAGAGGAGAGGUAUUUAAAGUGGUGGACACCCUGUAUGACGGAAAGCUGGGUAACUGGCUCGCCAUCCGCAUGGACCAAGACAAUCAGCUCCUGGAGAAAGGCAUCAUACCCAACAAGAGCAGAGCGGAGCAGAUGGCAAAUGUUCAGAACGCACAGAAAGGCGCUACCAAUGACAGAGGAGAUUUCUGGAGGCUGAGAGGUCAAAGAGCAGCUAAGAAAAAAGACCUUCGCAAGAGCAGAGAGGAUCUGAGCGCUACACCCGUCACUACACGCUUCCCAGGCUACGAGAGAGUGGUGCUGCGGGAAGCUGGGUUCAGAAGACCUGUCGUAAUAUUCGGCCCUAUUUCCGAUGCGGCCAAUGAAAAGCUGAGCAAUGAUCUCCCAGAUGAGUUUGUCACAGCAAAGACCGAGCCUAAAGACGCGGGCUCAGAGAAGUCGUCUGGUGUUGUGAGACUCAAUACUAUUCGUCAGAUCAUCGAGCAGGACCGACAUGCUCUGCUCGACGUCACCCCAAAGGCUGUAGACACCCUAAACUACACCCAGUGGUAUCCCAUCGUCAUUUUUCUCAACCCAGACAGUAAGCAGGGGGUGAAGACCAUGAGAAACCGCCUGGUUCCCGGCUCCAGCCGCAGCUCACGCAAGCUUUACGAACAAGCAGUUAAACUGCGCAAAACCUGCUCACACCUGUUCACUGCUACCAUUGAUCUGAACUCUUCCCAUGAUGCCUGGUUUGGAAGUCUCAAGGAUGCCAUACGAGAACAACGAGAUAAAGCUGUCUGGGUCUGUGAAAGCAAGCUUGAUGGGUCUGAGGAGGACUUGGAUCUCCAUGAUGACCGUAUGUCGUACCUGUCGGCCAUGGGCGCAGACUACCUGAGCAUGGACAGCCGUCUGACCAGCGAUUACGAGGAUACGGCGGAUGAGGGCGGCGCGUACACGGAUAACGAGCUUGACGAGUCCACCGACGAGCCGCAGCCGAAGUCAGCCAUCAGCCGCUCGUCUGAGCCUGUUAGCGAGGAGAGACCCAUACCUGUUCCUCAUGAGCGUUUAAAGAAGCCUGCGGGUAAAGAGGUGCAGCGGGACCCCAGCCCGCCUCCAUCAUUUGUCCCUGAUCCCCCUAAGGUCCGGGCAGCUUCACGUCCUGCAGACUCUCGCUCCAGCAGCACAGUCAGCAGUGAUGCUCCUGUCAGUAGCAGACCUCUUCCACCGCCGGUAGCCCAGAAGCCCAGUUUCACCUCGAGGACGGGCCCCGCAGACGACACGACCUCCGGCGACCCUCUCAAUGACCCCGCCAGCCGCACCUUCCGGGGAAAGGUGAAGGCCUUCGAGCAAAUGGACCACCUGGCCCGGGCCAAAAGGAUGCUGGAGCUGCAGGAGGCGGAACGAGCGCGGCUGGAAAUAUCUCAGAAACAUCCAGAUAUUUAUGCAGUUCCCCACAAGCCAAAACCAAACCAAAACAGGCCUCAACCAAUUGGCUCCAGCUCAAACUCUGAGUCCCACAGCUCCUCUAAAGCGCUGUAUUCAGAGAGCCGCUCUCACCAUGAUGAGGAUGAUGAUGAUGAAGAGUAUCGCCGGCAGCUGGCCGACCAAACCCGCAGAGGCUACUACAAUCCCCAGAAAUACAGCGACACUGAACUCUAACACCCAGCGUCCCACAAACACUCACAGCAGAACAAGCCGAGUCUCUUCACCGAGGUCCGUCUGUGUCGGGAUGUUUCCUGUGCAUGUCAUUAUAAACGAAAUCAGUGUGUUUCUAGUAGUUGUGUGAGUAAGAGGGACUAUCGUGAACCACAGAUAAAGCACAAACACACAUGCAGUAUAAACACGCCAUUUAUAAAACAGCAUCUUUUUAUACCUUCAAUGUUUUUAUAUGAAAUUUCAGUAUAUAUUUCUUGUUUUUUUUUUUUGUUCUUUCAGACUGUUUGUACGUCUUUAGUUUUGAUUUCUCCCACAAGGCCAUGCAUCUGUUUCUGCUGAAAGCUACUAGAUGGAGUUCACGUUACACACUCCUCAUUUACACUACAUAAACCAAAGUGAAAGUGGGUUAAAUGUUAUUCUCCAAAAUAUUUGCUGAAGUGCCUUAAUGUCAUCGAUCAAUCAUGUAUUAACUUAUGCUUAGCAAAUGCUUGCUGCAUAUACACUACUAUGAUAUAAUUGUUAAAAACGGGCUUCUGAUAUAAUGUCACAUCAGUUUUUAUGUUGAUUCUCUCAGAUCAUGUGUCUGUGACCAGUGCUUUGGGUUUAACCACUAAUAAAACAAGAGUUGUGGGAUUUUUACAUUUUAAAGACAAAUAAAUAAACCUGACUUUUAAUGUUGUUACUUUGCUU